UUUAAAAAAAGGAGAAAAAAGAAGAAGAAAAUGUUCGUGUUGUGAUUUGAAGUUUUUCUUGAUUUGUACUUUCGGUUUGAUAAGAUGGCAGCCGGUCAUGGAAAUAUUAAAAUCAUAGACAGCGACAGCGAGAAUGGCAGCGAUAGUGAGGAAAAUAAUGUCGUACAAAGGACAGAAGACACAAGUAACGAAAUAGACGACGAGGAAACCUUGUAUGAAGAAGUUAUCAUUACAAGACAACAAGACAACACCUUACCAGAACAACAUAACAACACAACAGAGAAAAUCAUUAAAUGUAAAACUAAACAUCACUGCCUUUUAAUGAAAAUGGCAUCCGUUGGGUCAGAUGUUUCCAACUUGAGAGUGAGUUUCAGCGAGGAAAACUGUGCAAUAACGCUUCAAGGUCCUAAAGAACUCGUUCUGGAACGCAACGUAUAUUAUCUGCAACGUCUAAACCUUGUAUGUACUUCGUCGGAGCCAGUGAGUGCGAACAGACUUACCAUACUUCAGCGGGAUGGUUGUAUUGAGAAACUCAGGCAAAGGGGCAUGGUAGCCGGUCAGACUUUCUGUGUAUUCAUAGAAGAAAACCAAAAUCCCACCGAUCCAGCGUUACACUGUCUGGCCUUUUCAGAGAAAGAAGCGAAAGAAGCCCUGCAAAAUAGCCUGGGUUGUUUCCAAAAAAUAAAUGUACCUUUCGCUUCCCACAAUGUAGAACUAUUCAUGACCAGAACAUGGGAUGAGGAGACGCAGUCUCUCCAGAAAUCACUAAUGGUUGUGAUCGAGAUCGUUCACACUCAGUCAGUAGUGGAGGUAGAGGGUCUCACAGAAGAUGUCCACAAAGCCGCUGACAAACUGAGAGACGUGUUCGAAGCCCACAGACCCGUACGCAAUAUUAUACUUCGUGGCGCCAAGGCCAGAUUGAUCUGCAAGACUCACAAUUUAAAGGAAGAGUUGACACGAUUGAAAGAGGAAGCAAAACAGAAACAGGAGACGAUAGAUGUAACGGAAACACAUGCUGACCAUGAGGACACUCUCACAAUCAAGUUCACGGAUGACCACUCUCUGAGAACACGGAUACAGAAACUAAUAGAUCAGAUCAAGGAUCUGGAACUGACCUUAGCUGACCUUAACAAGAAUGAUCAAGGCAUUAUCACAAGAUGUCUAAAUUCUGAGAGGGGAAAACGUGAAUUAAGAAACUUAGAGGAAAAAUAUGAUGUCUUCAUUGAUAUCGUCGACAGCGAUAAAACAAUUGAAGUCAGAUACAUUGAAGACAAUUCUUCUAGUCUGUCGGCCAUGACCAGAUCGAAGUCAUUAUCAAAUUUGUCGGAGGAGAAGAAGAGUUUGACAGUCGGCUCCACUGAACUAUUGGUUAAAGAUGGCAGCGUGGUCAAAGAAAAGGCUUCAGUUCUGGUAAAUGUUCUCCGUAAAUCUUCAAUGUGGAAAUAUGGAAGGUUACCUCGCAUGUUUUCCUCGGCUUCUCGACAGUUAAGAGACGAUUUUGAAGAAGAUUAUGAUGGAGAAGAAAAUGUUAUUCUGAUACAGAGCUCUGAGAGGCUCACACACCUGUGUGAUUUUGUCUGUAACAUAGUACUGGAAGACUGGAAUAGAAACGACAGCAAAAGCCAUGAACAGAGGUUAAGGGAAGUUAUUAAAAAAUGUCUUCGUCAUUGUGAGGACAAUCAGGUGGAUAGUAUCGCAUUCCCUCCCGUCGGCACUGGAAAACUGCUCAAGUUCCCGGAUGAUAUGGUGGCCAAAAUCAUGAUGGAAGAAUGUGUUAAUUGGACUAAAGGCAGAACUAGACUCAGGAAAAUCGUCUUUGUAAUUCACGACACAGGCGAAAGACAGUCAUUUGAAGAGGAACUUGGGCGUUUUCAUGGGAUUUUGUCCAAAAAAUCUAAACUCCAGAGGCUAGGAACACUUCUGCCUGUUUUCCGUAGGAGGGGUUCACCGACAUCCCAACAGGAAGCAAAACAAAGUGAAAGUGUACAAAGUGUUACUUUGUCCUUACCUUACCUUCUACUUUCUGGGGAAAACUCACAGAGACUGAAUGACUCCAGAAAGAAAAUAACUGAAGAAAUGGAACGCUUAUUUCUCUCCAAGGAAAUCAUACAAAAUAAAGGCUUAAACAAAAUUUCUUGGGACGAUAAACAAGAUAUUUUCGAGUUAGUGAGGACAAUGGAUGUUAUCCUGAUAAUAGACUCUGAUAAAUACGUCAUCAGUGGACACCGAGAUGACGUCCAGGCUUUAGCCAAUAAAAUCAGGGCUUUGUUAUUAGACAGCUUCUCUGUAGAGUCUUUAGAGUCAUCCAGUCAAACGAAACCAAAGCGAUGGAUGGGACCACGAUCCAAGAAAGGCACGGAAGAUUACUGGAGAGAGGUAUUAGAACACCAAAAGACCCCCCUCUACUGGAAAGAGUUCAGAGGGGGUUAUGAUAUCAAAUAUUAUUUAAAACAACACAAAAAGGACUAUUGCAGGGUCAAUCCGGUCGACAGUGAUACCUUUAAAGCUAUCAGCGAAAUGGUCGAACAGACAUGGGAUCAAACGCUCGUCGGACAUGGUGCUGAUGCUAGAAGUUUGAGUCACCAAGGCAUUAAAGUGACCAAUAUCGAAAGAGUUGAGAGCAUAGAACUGUUUUCACAUUACUCACAACAGAGAGAACGGAUUAUUCGGCAGAUGUUAAGAAGUGGUUUGAAUAGUUAUCCAAGAAUUGAAACAGUAACCCAGAAAGGUGGCCUUUUAACUACGCUGAAAAUGCCCAAACUUCUUAACACCAGUCUUUAUUUAGAUAUAAAUGAACAUUAUCUUUUUCAUGGUACCAAAUCGUCCUUCAUAGAGAAUAUUACCAAAAAGGGCAUUGACCCAAGGAAAUCUUCCGACAGGUUGCUGUUUGGGCAGGGCAUUUACUGUGGUGAAAGUUCUACAAAAGCCGACCAAUACACAGAUGACAAAACUAAUCGUCAACAGACGAAUCUGAAGAUGCUGAUGGUCCGGCUGUUGAUUGGUAACCCGUUUGUAUCGGGAAAAGAACACCCUUACAAACACCCUCCUUGCUCCAGCUGUAAGACCACUAACUGCUUAGUUGGGGAACAUUGUCAUUACGACUCUAUCAUUGUAGAAGGGAGGUGGAUUUUCCGAGAAUUUGUUGUUUAUGAACCUAAUCAGUGCUACCCAGAGUAUAUCAUCACCUAUGACAGAGUUUAACACAUACAAAUGAUCAAAUUAGUGGCAUUUAGAGUAUAUCAUCGCCUAUGACAAGAUGUUAACACAUUAGUGCUAUCCAGAGUAUAUAGAUCUUCACCUGUAACAGAGUUUAACACAUACGAAUCAAUGUACAUCUAAGACAAAGUUUAUCAAAAGUCAAGAUUAAUGUUUCAUUCAAGGAGUCAAAUCAGUAUUAUCCCGAUUAUAUCAUUAAAUAUAUGAUCAAAUUCAGUUGAAUCUUCAACUUCUAUAAAUACAUGUACGGAAUUUUGAUAUGAUUACAAAAAUAUAAAAUCGAACAUUUAAGGUUUAUUACAGUUAUAUGUAAGUUUAGAUUAAGUUUGCUGUUGGUCCAGUUACCCAAGGAUUUAGGGGUACUAUUGAACAAGGACAUUUAUCCAAUGCAGUUUGCUUUAUUGACUUGGGAAUAAAUAUCUCAAAGGUCAAAGUGUAUUAUGAUAAUGAUUUUUUUUUAUUUCAAAACCCUCAAAUUAGGAAUUGUUGCGUUUAAAGGCUUUUAUUCUUCAUUUUAUUUAAUACAAGGUUGAAAUUGUUU